AUGGAACAACUUGAGCAAAAUUUGGCCGCUCUCAGAGAAGAGAUAGAGUCAAUGAAAGGUAGCGUUGAAGGUAUGAAGGACAAGAUAGACCAACUCAUGCGCAUCAUUACUAAUAUGAUGGCAAGAGAUAGUGAGGCUAACAAUAGAAAGAACGUUUCCACUUCGGUCCUUACACCUGUGAACGGUAACACCUUAUACGGUUUCAUCUCUGAUAUCCAAGGUACUGGAGUUGAUAUCACUCAACCAAAAAUAAACUUCCCUCUUCCUAAAGGAUCUCUUCCAAUUUUGGUUCAGAAUAGGGCACCUUGUCCUACACAAAUACCAGUUCCACAUGAAAAUUACAUAGACUUAAGCCAGAAAUAUGAAGAUGAAGACCCAAGGUAUAUGGUUCAAGAGAAUAAACCAGUUACUGCUAAUGGGGAACCAAGGGUCGACAACAAGUACAAGAUACUAAAAGAAAGUCUGGGGGUUGUAGAAGGCUUUAAUAUCUUUGGAAUUAAUGUUGUAGAAAUGUGUCUAGUACUUGAUGUAGUUAUACCUCCAAAGUUUAAGACGUCGGAAUUCGAGAAGUAUAAAGGUGUCAGUUUCCCUAGGAAUCAUCUACGGAUGUCUGUCAGAAAGAUGGCUGCCUAUGCGGAAAACGAGAAACUGAUAAUGCAUUAUUUUCAAGACAGGUUAAGUAAGGCAUCCUUAGAUUUGUAUAUGCAUCUAGAAAGAAUUCAUGUCAAAUCUUGGGAAGACCUUGCUAAUACCUUCAUAAAGUAG